GAAGUGCAGCUUUGGUUAGUUAGCAUUUGCAGUGACGGAAUCUGUUGUUCAUUAACUCCGACCAACUUUUCCUCCGUAAUCUUGCUUCAAUCCUAGACACUACAACAGCAAAGUUCGUUUGGCUCUCAUUUCGCCCUACUCACGUUCUGAGUGUCGCAUUGUUUUUCAGUCAGGCACCAUGAUGCUGGAAUGAUGGCUAAGGGUAUCCCCUCUUCUAUGAUCGGGCGUUGCUUUGGGAUCUGCUUCAAUUCUUCUCCAGCAACAUUCUCUUCGAUUACCAUACGUCCUCUUGCAGAAAUUGGUUGGAGAUGGCCAUUCUUACCGGCGACAGUCGUGCCCUCAAAUACUCGAUUUAAUCAUUCACACCGAAAAUGUCAGACUUUUAAUCCAAUCUCAGACAAUGCGGUGCCUGUCACACCAGCCUUUUCAUUGCGCCAUACAAUUCAGCCUCGAAGAUCUGUGCCCGAGCGAAUAAUUCCUCUUACGACUCACGCUUCAAUUCAUCAAAUAUCCCAAUGGUCAUAUUGGUCAUCGAAGCCAUGGCAACAGCAACGAUUAUACAGUGGUAGUGGUAACAGUAAGGGUAAUGGGUCAAAAUGCUCUUGCGGCAAGGAUAUCGCGGAUGUUUCCCCCACACCAGCUAAAACAACAGAAGAUCUGAAAAGGGUCAAAACUUCGACAUUAAACGAAACAAACAAAGAUGGUUCCAAUCAGCCCGGGAAACAAGACCCUACAGGGGCGGAUUCCGAGCCAGUCUCUUACAUGUCCUAUCUACACCUGCCGAGAAUGCCGCAUCGGCCCACCAAAGAGGAACUGCUCGAGGCCGCCAACGGCUUUUGGCAGCGACUCAAGGUUCGUUUAAAAUGGGUGUCGAUUAGGAGUAUGAGACCGUGGAAUAUUGACGAAUGGGGUGCUUUUGUUUCCUGGUUUCUUUUCGGUCACCUCGCUUGGAUUAUCGUCGGAACAACCACCUUCUUCUCUCUGAUCAUUUUGUCAAUCAACACUGUUGUUGCCCAAGAAACGCUCGCGCAAUGGGUAGGUGACUAUUUGACACAGUCUGCUGGCGUUACCGUUGUUUUCGAGUCUGCUAUUGUUCCCAAGUGGCGCGAUAAUGUUAUCUCUUUCCGCAACGUUUUUGUGUCUCGACGACCUGGCCAAGGUAACGUCUCAUCCGUAAGCAAAGGCUCAUCGGAUGCUGCCGCCGAAGCUGCUGCUGGCCGCAAAGCAGAUCUCGUGGGAACAUCAGAGACGGAGGACGAUGGAAACUACACUCAAUUUGAUGUUACUCUUUCAACUGUCAACGUCACGUUGUCAUUCUUGAACUGGUGGAAUGGCAAGGGAUUGUUGAAAGAUGUUGAGAUCAAGGGUGUUCGCGGUGUCAUUGACCGAACUUCAGUGACAUGGCCAGCCGAGGAGGUCGAUCCUCUGUCAUAUCGUCAUAAGCACCAACCAGGAGAUUUUGAGAUCGAAAAGUUCAAGAUGGAGGACCUAUUACUCACCGUCCAUCAACCGGGCGGGUUCCGACCAUUCUCUAUCAGCAUCUUCUCUUGCGAACUGCCCCAGCUUCGCAAGCAGUGGCUCUUCUACGAUUUCCUUUCAGCCAACCACAUGUCAGGGUCUUACGAUGGUUCUCUGUUUACGAUCCAUCCCCGACAAGUCCACGGCGUGGUACCUAGUGGCAAUGGUGACCCAGAAGCUUCGGUCGGUUUUGGUGAUCCUAAGGCGUGGAAAAAGUUCAGUCGGCUCCGAAUUGAUGGGUUGAAGAUAGACCAUCUCAACCGUGGUGUUGAGGGGCCUUUUGGCUGGAUAUACGAAGGGAAUGUUGAUAUUGUUGCUGAUGUCAUGUUUCCCGCUGACACCGAUGAGAGCAUCACGAAGGUCAUGGCCGACUUCUACGACCAGCUUGAAGAAAUCGUCGACACAAACAGGCAUCGCUUCAUGCGCAAUAUCCAAGAGCAAGGCCCUGCCCUUCUUACAUCAGGGCACCUUUCAGACUCAGCUGGAGAUAUUCACGGCGAAAAGCCAGCUGCCGAUCCACAGACAAGUGAGGAUGAGCGUCGCUACCUUAUCAUGGACCUCCGGAUCUCCAUGAACGACGUCAAAGCCGCAGUACCUCUUUUCACCAAGGACAUGUCUUACGUCAACCAGGCCCUGGUCCGCCCUAUCGUUGCUUACAUCAACGCCAAGAAGACAUAUAUACCAAUCAAUUGCCGUAUCGUGAAACGAGCCAGCGAUUUCGAUGGCAGCUGGUCGAUCUUUGACUGUGGUCUAAUGAACGAUAUGUCAGCGGAGACAUAUGAUGCAUUUGCGAAUGACGUCGAAAACCAGCAGAGCCGUGUUCGACGGUUCAAAAAGGUUGGAUUCUGGACCUUGUCGCUUGCGGUCCAUGCCCUCUUUAUGGGGAUGGCGGGCAAUGUGGUGUGAUUUCCCUCCCACGGGCUCCUGCUCUGUUCGAGUAUAAUCGGAGCAUGCGGGUCGAAUGGCGAUACAUGUGCGGCUUUGUAUAUUUUAUCGGCGUUGUGUAAGAGCAGUGGCUUGUGUAAAGGAAAGGCGACAAAGGCGUUCAAGAUUGGAAUUUUAUGAUACGGCUGACUGUGACUGGCGUUGGUGGGAUUUUACAUAUGAACGAUGAGGAACUCGCCCAUGAUCUUACUCUACUCCUUAAUCGCUUAUAGGAGCAACAUGAUGGGCGGUAACUGAUGAGAUACCCUUGCCAUAGUGGCAGCGUUCAUCACACGAAACAGCAUAAGUAGCCUCCGGUAUACAAAUGAACAUGAUCUAUGAGCUAUAC